AUGUCUCUUCUUGUAGGGGCAUCCUUUUACUGGAUUCGGCGUCAGCAGUAUGAACUAUUCUUGGUCGUACACAUCAUCAUGUCAAUCAUCCUCCUCAUCACAAUGCUUGCCCACGUCUCCAUCUUCCAAGGCGAAUACGACGUAUUCUUCUGGGUCCCCUGCUUCAUCUGGGUCGGCGACCGCGUCAUCCGGGCUCUUCGAAUAGCGGCAUUCAACCCAAAGCUCUGGGAUACCUGGGCCACUUCUAUUUACCAUCCGUCCUCCAACAUUGUUAGACUUGUCGUUCCGUGGUCAAGCAGUCUGUACAAACCAGCUCCGGGAACAUUCUACUACAUUCAUGUUCUCAACGGACCUCGAUGCUGGGAAAGUCACCCCUUUACCGUGGCAAUGGUAAAAGAUGAAGGGCAACGUGGUUUGAAGCUCCUUGGCGAGCAAGCUCCUCUACUCGACGGCACUGUCGCCGAACAAAGCUCGGAUCCCGUUGACUCACAAGAUAUACUCAGUGACUCUCGAACAAUGACAUUCUUGAUCCGUCCCUACGAUGGCUUCACCUCCAGACUCCGCGACACCGCAUCAGCAGUCUGGCCUAAAAACGGCCCUCAACGCGUCCUCAUCGACGGUCCCUACGGGCAUACCCGUCCCCUCCAUCUUUUCGACAACGUAACCUUCAUCGUCGGCGGAAGCGGCAUCGUCGUUCCCCUCUCAUAUCUCCAACUCCUCACCGGCCCAACAGCCCCUCGAUCCGUGAAAAUCCACUGGGCCGUUCGCGAACCCGCCUUCGCACUCGACGUCCUACAAACAGACGUCGCUGACGCUUUGGGGAGCACGAAUCUCAGCGUUGAGAUACAUCUUACGACACAUACGCCUCAAGAUGAACUAAGCGAGUGGCCGUCACAAGUUACGUUGCGGAAAGGAAGGAUAGAUGCUUCGGAUGUGGUGAGGAGGAGGAGUGAAGAGGUGAUGGGCGAGAGCCUUGCGAUUGUUGCGUGUGGACCAGCGCAGAUGGCGGAUGAUGCGAGAAAGACGGUUGCUGAUUUGUUACGAAAUGGAGUUAUGAGGGUAGAGUAUUUUGAGGAAAGCUUUCAGUGGUGA